GACUUAUGUCAGCAGGUGCGGGCGGGUUGCUUGAUGUUUCCGAAAAAGGAAGUGUUUGGCGCGGCGUCUAGUUUGCGGCGAGCUGGCAGUAAUAGCCGCCGAUGCUCAGGACGCGGAGGAACAAACCAGGACAACAAGCAGACAGAUCGAUAUAAAUACCCGACAUUGACAUUCCCCCGCCAGUCCCGCCAUUUUAUGAACAGCCAAGAUGGCGCAAGUUAUAACGAAUUCUGGCCACGAUGACAUGAUUCAUGAUGCAGCUCUAGACUACUACGGUCGCAGACUAGCAACAUGUUCGUCAGACAAAACAAUUAAGAUCUUCGAAGUAGAGGGCGACUCGCACCGGCUUCUCGAGACGCUGAAAGGGCACGAGGGAGCAGUAUGGUGUAUUGCGUGGGCACAUCCCAAAUUCGGAACAAUCCUAGCCUCCUCCUCCUACGAUGGCAAAGUCCUCAUAUGGCGCGAACAAGCCCCUAGCACCGCCUCCGCCUCCACCGCCAGCACCUGGACAAAAGUCUUUGAUUUCUCCCUGCACACCGCCUCCGUCAACGGCAUCUCCUGGGCGCCCCAUGAGAGUGGCUGCUUGCUCGCCUGUGCCUCCUCCGACGGCAAUGUAAGCGUACUCGAAUUCAGCGACAAUAGCUGGACGCACCAGCUGUUCCACGCCCACGGCAUGGGUGUCAAUUCCGUCAGCUGGGCACCCGCCGCUGCUCCUGGCUCUAUCAUUAGCGCGACACCUAGCGCCGGACAGCUGCGCAGGUUUGUAACAGGCGGGAGUGAUAAUCUUGUUAAGAUAUGGGAGUAUAACGCCGAAAACAAGGCAUACACGGUAACCAAGGUGCUGGAAGGCCACACAGACUGGGUCCGUGACGUGGCCUGGUCACCAAGCAUCCUCUCCAGAUCGUACAUCGCCUCCGCUUCCCAAGAUAAGACCGUCCGCAUCUGGAUCUCCGAUCCCUCAAACCCCAACGAGUGGACUAGCCAGCAUCUAGAGUUCGAUUGCGUGUUAUGGCGUGUCAGCUGGAGUUUGAGUGGGAAUGUCCUAGCUGUCAGCGGUGGGGAUAAUAAAGUCAGUUUGUGGAAGGAGAGUUUGAAGGGGCAGUGGGAGAAGGUGAAGGAUAUUGAGGACUGAGUUUAGUUGGGGAUGCGAAAGCGGUAUUUUUUUUUCUUUUCUAAUGAGGUUGGGCGUAUGUUGUAUGUUAAUAUAUCUAUUUUCUUGUUCUCUUUUGCGACUAUCCGCGAAAGGGGUCCCUUUUACCCUUAAAGAAUAAAUAUAAUGGGAUUUUCAGGGGAACUACUUAGAUGAACCACCCUUCUGUCAAUCUCCCCUUUCCAAACCCCAUACCGCAUCCAAAUCUAAUUGUCUAUUCCCUA